AAUCUGCUUUGCGUACAAUGAUCCCUAAAAAAUAACAUUUCCGUUACUCGUUGAAUACUCCGGAUUUUGUCAAUGAAAUUUCGUUUCGUGACCCGUGGGAGUUAUUUUCGAACAGACCAUCAGUAAUGCACAACAUUGGUGACUACCAGCGGAUCGAAAAGAUUGGCGAGGGAACGUACGGAGUUGUGUACAAAGCCAAGGAUGUCAAUACCCAGAAAUAUGUCGCCCUCAAAAGGAUUCGGCUAGACAGUGAAACCGAAGGCGUCCCAUCAACUGCCAUACGGGAAAUCUCGCUUCUCAAGGACCUUCAGCACCACUCGAUCGUCGAACUGUUCGAUGUAGCCGUGAUGGAUUCCAGUAUCUUCAUGAUCUUCGAAUAUCUGGACAUGGAUCUUAAAAAGCUGCUCGACAAAUACAAAUCCUCAUUCACGCAGAAGCUGGUCAAGAGCUACAUGCACCAGAUGCUGGAUGCAAUUGCAUUUUGCCACAUGCACCGAAUCCUGCACCGUGAUCUCAAGCCACAGAACCUGCUAGUGGAUCGAGAUGGUCAUCUGAAGCUUGCGGAUUUUGGACUGGCCCGAUCGUUCAAUGUUCCGAUGCGAACAUACACGCACGAGGUGGUUACCCUUUGGUACCGAGCACCGGAGAUUCUGCUGGGGACCAAGUUCUACGCAACCGGAGUCGAUAUCUGGAGUUUAGGAUGUAUUUUUGCAGAAAUGAUACUCAAGAGGCCGCUGUUUCCAGGAGACAGCGAAAUUGAUCAGUUGUAUAGGAUUUUUCGAACACGGGGGACACCGGACGAAACCAAUUGGCCGGGCGUGUCACAGCUGUCGGACUAUAAGCGAAGCUUUCCAAAAUGGGAUGGGCAAGCGGUGCCGGAGGAAAUCGAGCGGUACCGAGCCAAGGAUCUAUUCGAGCUAUUGAUGGCGUACGAUCCCAUAAAACGUAUCUCCGCUCGGAAUGCCAUGCAGCAGUCGUACUUUGAUGAUGUGGAGCUGGUGCCGCCGGGGAUCUAGCCGUGUAUUUGUAAAGAUUUCCAUUAGGAUUCCGAAGUAAUUGGCCAGAUACCGUCUAAAUAGCAAUGCUAUGGUUUCAAUAGAUAUUUUAGGAAUAGAUAAAAGUUUAAUACUGCAUAGGACAACGUAGAGCAAAGCGUCCGGGUACAUCAUCAUCAUCCAGCACCCGUGAAGAUCAGAGCAUUAUUUGUUCGGGUCAUAUUUACGGCGACCUUGCAGAAUGUCUGUAUUUGUCUGUAUCAGGAGU